UUUUCAUACAAUUGCUAUAGUAUUUCCUUUUGUUUUGAUAUGAUGACUAUUAAAAUCGAAAGGUAUCACUUAUAAAUUCUGAGAUUCUUUUAUUGAUAUUCCUCAAGCAAAAAUUUAUGCUAGUUAAUCCGACCUUGUAAUGAUAACGGUAGAAUUGUUCAACCCUACUAAUUUAUAAAUGGCAAUUUGAUCUAAACUAAUAUUUUAGUAAAUGUGAAAAUAAUAUAUAUUUGGGUGACAGAUACACAAUAUAUAGUUAACUAUUGACAGAAGAAAAAAUAAUAUUUUAGACGCAAAAAUUCCACGACGUUGAAUCGUGUAAGGCCGAAUAUUUCUUAAUUUAAAUAUUAGUAUAUAAAAAAGUUAAGACUACCACGUCGGUAAUGUGCCUCCACGAAACUCUCUUUAUAUAAUCUCAUUUCAGACUCAUCUAAAUACACGACAAAGCAUUUAUCUUUCACGGCAAGAAACAACAAAGAGCACCGGUGAAAAAUGGCUGUUUCCGCAACCAAAAAGCCUUUGUUGUUGUUGUCUCUCUUCUUCUUUGUCGUGGCUGCAUCUGCCGGAAACUUCUACGAGAGCUUUGAUAUCACUUGGGGAGAGGGUCGUGCCAAAAUACUCGAGGAUGGACAGCUUCUCACUUGCACUCUUGACAAGACCUCCGGCUCGGGGUUUCAAUCCAAGAAGGAGUAUUUGUACGGUAAGAUCGACAUGAAGCUCAAGCUUGUCGCUGGAAACUCCGCUGGUACUGUAACCGCCUACUAUCUUUCAUCGAAAGGCGCGACAUGGGAUGAGAUUGACUUCGAGUUCUUGGGAAAUCUCACCGGACAGCCUUACACCAUCCACACCAAUGUCUUUACCGGAGGUAAAGGUGACCGCGAGAUGCAGUUCCAUCUCUGGUUCGAUCCCACCGCUGAUUUCCACACAUACACCGUCCACUGGAACCCUAUUAAUAUCAUCUUUCUUGUGGAUGGGAUCCCAAUCAGGGUGUUCAAGAACAACGAGAAAAGUGGGGUGGGUUUCCCUACGAGCCAACCGAUGAAAAUAUACUCAAGCCUUUGGGAAGCUGAUGACUGGGCUACGCAAGGCGGUCGCGUGAAGAUUGACUGGAGCAACGCACCAUUCAGCGCCUCCUACAGGAGCUUCAACGACCAAAGCGCAUGUAGCAGGACCUCGAACGCAACAUGGGUGGCUUGUGACGCAAACAAAGACUCGUGGAUGUGGACCUCUCUCAAUAACCACCAGUACGGACAGAUGAAGUGGGUGCAGGACGAAUUUAUGAUCUACAACUAUUGUACCGAUUAUAAGAGGUUCCCUCAGGGUCUUGCCAAGGAGUGUAACCUUUAAACCAACUUGGUUAAUUCUACUUUGAGAAUUUUCGAGCAUUUUCGUCAAUGAUUUCUUUUCCCUUUUUGUUUUACUUCAUACUUGUGAUGAUACUUUGAUUUAUUCUUUUGGUGUUUCUGGGAUACGAUAAUACACGUAUAUGCAAUCUUACUGAGAAAAUAACAAGUUAUACUUGGUAAUACA